CUUAAUACAGGAGUUAUAUGUGCAACAUGGUUGCUGAGCUGGCAAUGCGAGGACAGCAAACCACGGGUUCGAUUGAUUCUUUGCUACCCAACCAUCAAGCACUCUCGACCGUUCUCUCUUUGUUGCUAUCGUUAUCAGUUUGUCCAUGUUGAAGCAACGAAACGACCCAGCAUAUCAAUGAGUGGGUUGAUGCUUACUCUAUUUUCCAGGCUCCUGGCCAUGGCAAUCAUAGCUGAUGUCGAAACAGAAGCACGACCCUCAUCUGCGGGUUACCCGUUGGCAUCAGGCUGGGUUGAUUGGCUUCCAUGCGUCCAUCUAAUUCAUGCAAAUGCUUGCAAGGCCCAUGCUAGGGUCCCAUGCGGGAUCCUUGUACAGCCUAGGAUCCCUCAACCACUUCUCUGGUUACGAGAUCUUGAGCGUGUCUCUCGUCUCUUUUGGUCCAACGACUUCCCGGUCCUCUCUCCCCUCUUCUUUCUCUUCCAUUCUACGGACCUUCUUUUCAUUCGUUACGGUCUGUCGACUGUUGAUUAUUCGUUCGUUUCUUACACUCAUUUACCAUUCUGUUUAGUCUGUCGUUUCCUUGGUAUAUUUGCUAUCCUUGAGGCGAGCUGCGCUCAUCAUUGUAGUCUUUCCACCCUUUUUGACCAUAGAGCAUCAUUUUCACCUCAGAUGUCACCCAGUGAUCAACGCACCUUCACAUUUUGACUGUUGACCAACGAGUGUCGUACAUGAUCGAUCUCCCUUGGCUUACAUCUUCGAAUCGAAUUCGCCACAUUGUGUGAUAGCCUCUGAACAAGUCACACCUCAACCUCCGUCAUCUUAUAAA